UCCAUUCGUGACCUGUGGACGCUGGAGACAACACACCGCAUGGCCGUCUUCACCCGAACCUGGAACAAGAGCACGUCCCGCUGGCUGAGGAGACUCAUCUUCCAGCGCUGCCCGGCCCAGCCUCUCCUAGCCACCUUUGCCUUCUCCGCCUGGUGGCAUGGCCUCCGGCCUGGGCAGGUCUUUGGUUUCUUGUGCUGGGCUGUCAUGGUGGAGGCUGACUACCGCAUCCAUCCCUUCUUCAGCGCCCGGGCCACCUCCCAGGGUGCGAAGCUCCUCUACCGUGGCACAACCUGGGUCUUCACACAGCUUAUUGUCGCCUACAUCCUGGUGGCUGUGGAGUCCGAGAGUUUCUCCAAGCUCUGCCUGCUCUGGACGUCCUGCAACAGCAUCCUUCCCCUCUCCUAUGGCCUCGCGCUGCUGCUGCUGCUUGCCAAGAAGCAGAACUGA